CCCGGAGAGCCUGACUGGCCACGGUUAGUGUCUGUUUGUUCUGUCUUUUCUGUGUGAGCUCAUUUCUGGAAUUCUGGUAGUGCCCGACGCGGUCUAAGUGGACGCACUGGAGGACCACGGGCCGGGAGUUUCGGAAGACGUUCCGAUUCUCCCUUCUGGAGGGACGUGGAAUCCCCUCAAAGGUCGGAGACGAGGCGGGUCGCUCCCGCUGGUCGGCGUGAGGCCGUCGUCUUUGGAGGGACGUGGAAUCCCCUCAUCGGUUUUGGAGGGACGUGGAAUCCCCUCAUCGGUUUUGGAGGGACAUGGAAUCCCCUCAAAGGUCUAAGCUAGCUUGCAGUUUUGCUUCCAUGGAGUUGGAAGACUUUCUAGGGGCCCUCUGUUUGUCUGUUUUUGUGUUUCUCUGUUUUGUUCUGUGGACUUACUGGACGGACGUUAUGGGACAGACUCAGACUACUCCUCUAAGUAUUAUGAUUGAUCACUUUAAGGAUGUGAGGGGAAGAGCUAACAACCUCAGUGUGGAAGUCCGAAAGGGUCGGUUGCAGUUUUUUUGUUCUAGCGAGUGGCCAACUUUCAAUGUCGGAUGGCCACCAGAGGGGACCUUCGACCUCCCUACCAUCCACCGAGUCAGGAGUAUCAUCUCUCAGCCUAAGGCGGGCCAUCUUGAUCAGCUCCCUUACAUUAUCACUUGGCAGGACCUUGUAGAAGACCCACCCUCUUGGCUUAAGCCCUUCCUAACCCUGCUCCCUCCGGAGCCAAAACCCAUUCUUGCUUUGCAGGAGACAGAGAAGAGGAAAAGUCUUACCCAGCCUUCAGCACCCCUCUACCCUGUCCUACAGGGGGGUACUGAAGAAGAAUUAAUUUUUCCUCCCCCGUAUAACCCCUCUAGGAUGCCGGAAGAACACCAUCCUCCCCCUCCGGGGGAGGCAGACGCUGUUCCGAGAGCGGGAGGCGGAAACGCUCCAGGGGGAAGCCCGCCCUUUACCAGACAAAGGGCUCAGAGGGGGCAAUCCGCCUCCGCCGCUGACUCCACUAUUCUGCCGCUGCGAGCCACCGGACCCCCAGACGCGGAGGGGAAUCAGCCCCAUCACUAUUGGCCUUUCGCCACUAGUGACCUCUACAAUUGGAAAGCUCAGAAUCCUAAGUUUUCCGAGAAACCGGCAGGGCUUAUUGAUUUAUUAGACUCUGUUCUUUUUACCCAUCAGCCCACGUGGGAUGAUUGCCAGCAGCUUUUGCAGGUCCUGUUCACGACUGAAGAAAGAGAAAGAAUCCUCAGUGGGGCCCAAAAACUAGUUCCAGGCGCAGACGGGAAUCCCACCACCAACCAGGCUCAGAUAGAUGCCUCCUUCCCCUUAACUCGGCCCCAGUGGGAUUUCAACACGGCAGAAGGUAAGGAGAGGCUCCGGGUCUACCGCCAGACUCUAAUGGGGGGUCUCCGAAUGGCUGCUAGAAAGCCAACCAAUUUGGCCAAGGUAGGAAAUGUACAACAGGGAAAAGAUGGAUCUCCGGCUGCCUUUUUAGAACGGAUCAUGGAGGCAUUCCGUACCUAUACCCCCAUGGAUCCAGAGGCUCCGGAAAGCAAGGCAGCUGUUAUCAUGGCCUUUGUAAACCAAUCGGCCAAAGACAUUAGGAGAAAAUUACAGAAAAUAGAUAGACUAGGAGAAAAAAAGCUGCAGGACUUACUGGUGGUAGCCGAAAAGAUAUACAAUAACCAGGAGCCUCCUGAGGACAAGCAGGCUCGCGCCAUGGCGGCUGCCAGCAGUAAGCAGACUCGAGACCUGGCCAGAAUACUACUAGCUACCACUGCUGACUUCCCCGAGGAACGAGACCGCCGUCUCCGGCAGCUGGCAGACGACACAAGAAAAGGUAAAAGCACCAAGGGGGGGAAGCAGAGGCUGCAGAAGGAUCAGUGCACAUACUGCAAGGAGAUAGGGCAUUGGGCCCGAGAUUGUCCAAAAAGAGCUGGCGGGAAGGGAAGCAAGACUGAUCGAGUAAAAGUCCUAGAGCUGGAUGAACUAAGUGAUUAGGGGAGUCAGGGUUCGGACCCUCUCCCCGAACCCAGGGUAACUCUUAAAGUGGAGGGGACCCCUAUUGACUUCCUUGUCGACACCGGAGCACAACAUUCGGUCCUCCGCACCCCACAAGGAAAACUAGCCAGCAAGAAGUCCUGGGUACAAGGGGCAACUGGUAUGAGCCAGUAUUCAUGGACUACCCGAAGAACAGUAGAUUUGGGAACGGGCCGGGUAUCCCACUCCUUUAUGGUAAUACCAGAAUGCCCCUACCCACUGUUAGGACGGGACUUACUGACCAAGAUUGGAGCUCAGAUAACUUUCAGACAAGGGGGGCCUCAGGUCACGGAUGGCAAGGGCCACCGCAUCCAGGUCCUGACCAUGAAACUGGAGGAUGAAUACCUCCUCCACCAGGAGGCGCUCCCGAGAGACAAUAAUAUAGACAGAUGGCUACAAGAAUUCCCCUCGGUUUGGGCAGAGACGGGGGGGAAUGGGACUAGCCGCUCACAGGACCCCAGUCCUGGUAGAGCUCAAGCCAGGAGAGAGUCUGGUAAGGAUCAAACAAUACCCCAUGUCUCAGGAGGCCUGGAAGGGGAUCCAGCCACACAUCCGGAGACUACGAAGCCUAGGGGUACUAGUUCCUUGCCAGUCUGCCUGGAACACCCCCUUACUGCCGGUCAAAAAGCCUCACACAAAUGACUACCGACCGGUACAAGACCUCCGGGAAGUAAAUAAGAGGGUCGUGGACAUACACCCAACUGUUCCCAACCCAUAUACUCUCUUGAGCUCCUUGGCGCCCUCCAGGGUCUGGUAUACUGUACUAGAUUUAAAGGACGCCUUCUUCAGUCUGCCGUUGGCACCCCAGAACCAACCCUUGUUCGCCUUUGAGUGGCAUGAUCCGGAGGAGGGCUACAGUGGGCAACUCACCUGGACACGGCUACCUCAGGGAUUCAA